CUAAACUCCGUCUCUCAAACUAAGCGAUCAUCAGCUUUAGAUCAGUUCGUGUUUAGACAUGAUGGUUGCCGUUAUCAGGACCAGACAGGCUUAACGACAGAGCGAACUUUGACAUCUGUACUUUCAAAGCAGGUACAGACAGGCUAUAGUCCUGGGGUUUACCCCUUAAAAACAGGAAGAGAAUGAUGAAAAUCCUUGUCAUAUUAGUCGUUUGCUGACCGGUGAGACAGCAUGAUGGACGACGCUGAAAUGGAGGUGGUGAACUCUGACAGCUCCUCGAUAGGAGAAGCAGUGUCUGGUCGAGGAGCAAAUGUAGAUGAUGACUACAAUGAAGAUGAAGAUCUUUACUAUAUACCUGAGAGAAGACCCUCUCUGGACCUGGGGACGAGUCCGAUGGAUACGACGCACUGGCGUUAUGUGGGCCAAGCUGUGCCUCCAGUUCUCAGCUACUUGUCAAUGACGAGUGGGGACAACUCAUCAAGGACAACUGGGGAGGACAGCAUAAGCGAGGACGAAAUCUCCACAAGGAUCCAACUGAGUAGAUCAGAUUCAUUUUCCAGCUGCUACUCCUUUGACAGUGACGACUGUGAGAAGAAAACACCCAAGGAUACUGAUAAAAAGGAAGCUGCCACUGAGAUCAGCGACACACCUGAGUUAUUCACAAACCUGAACGAGAUGGGGCAUCCUUCUCUGACAGUGAAAUUCACUUUUACGGCUAUCUGUAACACCCUCAAGAGGCUCUCAGAGGAAGACAUGAAGAAAUUCAAGAAGAUGUUGUGGAAGCGUUACCCACAGUGUUUCAUCACUCCUAUACAUAGCAUGGACAUAGUGAACUUCGUGGACCGGCUUCUCGAGUAUUACAGUCUAGAGGUCUCUUUGCAGAUCACCAAAACCCUGCUGGAGGAAAUGAAAUUCAAGAAGUUGGUUAAUUAUCUCCAGACUUUGUGCAUCAGAAAUGAGGUGCGAUAUGAUCUAAGCCAGACGUUAAGGAAGAAAUACAUCGAAACAGGUGAGGGUUUCACCACGCAGGCAGCAAAGAGUUCCCUAGAUGAUGUCUUUACAGAUCUCUUCAUUACCACAGCGUGUGAUAAUGGCCCAAAUAUCGACCAUGAGGUCAUGACCAUAGAGAAGCUGGACAGCAACCGAGAUCAAGGGACACUAUUAUCCACCAAAGACAUUUUGAGUGCUGAAAGGCUGGAGCAGUCAAACUUAAGGUUUAUGUUGAUCACAGGAGUGGCAGGAUCAGGGAAAUCUACAGCAGUCGGGAAAUUAAUCUUGGAUUGGAUUGAAGAGCGUUCGCACCAGCAUGUGUCUUUCCUGUUUCCGUUGCCGUUCAGAGAACUGAAACAGUUUGAAAGUCAUAAGGCCUCCCUGAUUGAAAUCCUUCAAACACUCUAUCCAGAAACAAAAAAACUCAGGGACGAGGAUUAUAGAUCUGAGGACUGCAAAAUCAUGUUUGUCUUUGAUGGGCUUGAUGAGUACAACGGAAACCUUGACUUUCAGAACACUGAGCCUCUUCGUGACCAUACGAAUCCCACCACGCUGAACAUCCUCGUAGUCAACCUCCUCAGAGGAUGGCUCUACAGAGGCCUUUUCGUCAUCACCUCUCGCCCACCGGUGAAGCGCUGCCUAUCCUGGGAUGCACAUUAUGAUGAGGCAGAGCUGCGUGGUUUCUGUGAACCUGAAAAGGAUGAGUACUUCAAGAAAAGAUUUCAGGAACCGGAACAAGCAGCUCGAAUUAUCGCGUAUAUCAACUCUCUUAAAACACUCCGCAUCAUGUGCCAUCUCCCCUUGUUUUGCUCGCUGGUUGCGGAUGAGUGUGAGCGUAUAUUUACAGAGCGGGGGAUACAUGCUGAGCUGCCCCGGAGCAUCACUUACAUGUACACAAAGCUGCUGCUGACACUCAUACAUCAACAUCGCUCAUUCAGAGCUCCAGCUCUGAACCCAGAAAAAGACACAGACUUCCUCAUGAAGCUGGGAAAGUUGGCCUUCAGCAUGCUGGAUAAAGGCCAGUUCAAGAUGACAAAGUCCGACUGGAAGGAGACUGGGAUCGACGAGGAGGAAGCGGUGACUAACAGUGGACUUUGCACACAGUACGUCACAAAACCAUUCGUGUUGGUUUCAGAGAAGGUCCUCAGCUUCAUCCACCCCACCAUGCAGGAGUACCUGGCUGCUCUUUAUGCAUUUCUCUCCCUCAGAAACCAUGGGAAGAACAUUUUUGAGCAGCAGCUGAAACAAAAGUUUAAGGGGAUGUGGAAGGUUAACAAAGAGAUGGACCUGUACAAGGGUGCAGUGGACAGAAGCCUGCAGUGUGAGGAUGGGAAACUGGAUAUUUUUCUGCGUUUCCUGUUUGGCAUGGCAACCAAAACUAACCAGGAUCUCCUCCAACCGUUCUGCAACUCUUCUGUAAAGUGGCAUCCUGUCAUUGAAGAUGCUGCAGCUCUCAUUACCAAGAAGAUCAGGGAAAAUCAUCACCCUGAAAGGACGAGAAACCUGCAGCACUGCCUGGAGGAGCUGGGUGUGUCAGGGGCUGCCUCCAGUUAAACCAGUUCAGUCACUGUUUCAGAUCAUUUUUAUUCAGAAAAGACUUCAAACAAUUUCAAAGGGAUAGUUCAAGGAGUGUGCCUCACCUAAUGAAAAACAUGUUUCCUUUUCAAAGAGCACAUGCAAGGAAGAAACUUUAAAGCAAAAUGUAUCCCCUAACACAGCUACACUAAGUUACCAAAGAUGUGCAAUGUUUUAGGGAAACAGAAAUCAUGUGUUUCAGUGUGUUGAAGGAAAUAAUGUAUCAGUACCAACACUUACACAGUCUAAUGCAAUCAAAUUCAUCAGCUCUACCAUAUUUAGCCCCUUUAUGAAGCCUCUAGAUUUUUAAAGGGGUCUGCCUGCAGACCAUACAUAUCUGACGGCCACUCUUAAAGAUCGUUCAUCUGAGACGCCGUAUAUCUCAGAAAGGAGGUACUGUAGUUUUCUGGUACAAUGUAUUUCCAGUUUUAGAUUUUUUUUUAAUUCAACUUUAUUCAUAAACAAAGCCUGGCAGUUACAUUCAUGAAAUAAACACACUGAAAACGUUACAGACUAACAUUUCAGAAAUAAAACAGAGAAAGAGACCAGAGGUCUAAUCCAGGAUUAAAUUAUGUGUAGACCUGUUUUAGAAGUAGUAACAGGAACAUUGGCUCACUUUAGCUUCAUAAGCUUUGGCUAAAGCAAACAUAGCUAUGCUAGCUACAUGAUUCAUAUUUUUGUACAGAAGACUUUUGCAAAUGAAGCUCAAGAUAACAGCUAUGUAGAUAACAUGCCUAUGUAGUUAUAUAGCUGCUUUGUGAGCUAAGCUUUAGCUACAUAAGCUACAUAGUUCUUAUAGCCACGCAGCUAUGCUAUCUAAAGCUUUUUAUCUUUAACUUCUUUUGCAAAAGGAAGCUAAAGAUAACAUACGAUACAUAGCUUACAUAGCUGCUUUUUGGGCUUAGUUUUAGCUUUCUUAGCUAUGUAGCUUUUAUCUACAUAGCUAACAGAGCUUCAUAAGCUACUAGAGGAUGAGUUUUUUCCUAUAAGUAGACUGUUUACUCAGCUUAAUUAAACAUUUUGUAAUUAGGCUCUGCAGGUCAGUUUUGGACUUUUAACUUCUGGUAUCCUACCAUUACCUUGUCCCUGGAUGGAAAUUUAAUCCGAUUUUAUCUCAAAAAAAAAAAUAAAAAAAUUGGUGUGUAUUUCCGUUCCAGCGUCUUAAAUGAACAGUCUGUGAGAGUGGCCAUGAGAGAUCAACAGUCGGCAGCCAGACUGUUGAAGAGAGGGAUUUUCUGUUUUUGAUGACAUGGUUGAUAAGAAUGAUAAGAUAAUGAUUCUACCUUCUGGUUUUUGUUAGGCCAUUGUGGGCAAUAGUUCUGCUUUACUCAUUCUUCUUCUUCUUUAGCACAGCUUUCAACAAAACACCAGGAUGCUUUUAUCAUUUAAAAUAAGGGAUGCAUGAUAUUCUUGACAUAAAAUCAUUGACAGAUGCUAUCUUAAAAAGUAAAUUAUCAAUAUUUCUGCCUUUAUUUGCAGCGGAUACAUUUGCAGUUUAGAUCCAUGCUCUACUUGAAAGUGUUCGAGUGUUUGCUGAUCAAGAAAUGAUAAGUUUUUAGAAGGCCUUUGUUUGAAAUAAUGGCAUAAAAUAAUAAAUAUGAGAAAGAAAUAAAA